GACGCUGCACACGGCUGUGAAAUUGCCAUGGGAAGUUGCCGGGUGGUCUACGAUACAGAGCUCUUUUAUGAUACCACAACAGCACCAAGCCUACCUCCUCAGUCCAGCUCACCACCUCCACCAAAUUCAAGCCCUCCAUCAAAUGGGCAGCGGAACAAGGAAAGAAAGCUUAUGUUUGUCAUAAUCGCCAUCUCUGUUUUGAUUGUGGUUCUUAUUACUUGCAUGCUUUGUGUCUUUUACUGGCGGAAGAGAGAGUUUUGUUGCAUUGGGAGAAAGAAGAUGAAGCCUAGCGGAUUGCAGAGGAUGGAAGAAGAGGAGGAGGCCUUACAACAACAAGCUGUUAAGAGAGCAGAUGUGAUGGAUGGACUAAGAUUUGAUCUAGCUACUAUCAGAUCUGCCACCAACAAUUUUGCGGCGGCAAAUAAGCUUGGGGAAGGAGGAUUCGGUGCAGUUUACAGGGGCCAACUACCGGAUGGUCAAGAAGUUGCUGUAAAGAGAUUGUCACGCAAUACAGGGAAUGGGCCGAAGCAAUUCCACAAUGAGUGCGGACACUUGCGAAACUUCAAAAUAAAAAUCUUGUCCAGCUUUUAGGAGGCUACAUGGAAGGUGAAGAAAAGAUACUCAUCUAUGAGUAUGUGCGCAUUACUAGCCUGGACAUUUUUCUCUUCGGAGAGCCACCAAAGAGUCUGCAACUGGACUGGGCAAUACGUUCCAAGCUCAUCAACGGAACAGCCAGAGGACUUUUAUAUCUCCAUGAAGAUUCUCGGCUGAGAAUGGUUCACAGGGAUCUGAAAGCAAGCAACGUUUUAUUAGAUGAAGACAUGAACCCCAAGAUCUCAGACUUUGGCACAGCAAGGAUCUUUAACACAGGUCAAACACAAGCAGAAACAAUUGAGAUUAUGGGGACUCGGCAUGGGGAGUUUGGAGGGAGAACAAGGCUAUGAAAAUUGUGGAUCAAAUAUUGGAAGGAACAUGUGACAAAAAUGAGAUAUUAAGAUGCCGCCAUGGUGAAAUCGGUAGACACGCUGUUCUUAGGAAGCAGUGCUAGAGCAUCUCGUUCGAGUAUGAGUAAUCGCAACGACCCAAUUGCAAGAGCGGAGCUCUACCAACUGAGCUAUAUCCCCCGAGCCAAGUGGAGCAUGCAUGAAGGAUCAGAUGCUUCUUCUAUGCAUCCAUAGAGGCCUGCUCUGUGUCCAAGAAGAUGCAUCAAGCAAACCAAAAAUGUCCAUGGUUGUUGCGAUGCUUGAAAAUGGUUCCUUGCUUCUCUCAGCCAUUUCUCCUCCUGCCCCUUCUAUAUGGAAAAUCAGAAACUUUUCUUUGGGACCACAAACGAGCUCAACUAUAUCAGGGACUGGUUCAGAGUUCAGUUCAUCUGCUUAGUGAAGGUUUGAAAUACUCUUGACUCUUGAGAGGAGGAAGUAGAGAUGGCAAUUUGUUCCCUGAUUUUCAAGGCACCGUAUCCUGUUCUGGUGUAUGAGCUGUGAACUUCUUGUUUAGUUUGUCGAAUUCCUGUUCUUUAUUUGUAACAGUUUCAGUAGGACGCAGAGAUGCCUCUUAAAGUGGUGGUAUAAUGUUGUGCAAUACAAUGUUAAGCUCAUAUUGUUCUGAUGAUGAUAUCAAUG